CAAAAUGAUGCCUCAGGAGAUUUUGUAAUUUAUUAUACUACAAUGUACUUUAAAUACUUAAACUUUGAUAUUGAUUUGUUUCCAAUGUACAAGUUCUUGAUAUAUCCCAACUUUAUAUUGCAUAAAAAUGAAAGGGCCGAAUAUGAAAUAUGUACUGAUAUAUAUUUAGAUAUACACACACCAAGUCCGUUUUUCCGUGCGGCUGAAAUUCGAAAAUGGGCUUUGGAAGAUGUUCUAUUCGAUGAAAAUCCAACGAAAAUACACAAAUCAGUGAAUUAUUUACUUGAUCAUUAUCGGAAAACAUUCAAUAAAAGAUAUUUCCCCGACUCAACGUUACAUCUUCAUAAACUCCGUACCAUGCAGAUAUUAAUCUUCAUGCUACCGAAGAUUAUACUUCAGUCACCAUUAAAAUUAGAUCUAAGAGGGUUUUUAAUGGAAAGUUUUGCUCAAGAGAGUCACCAACCAUCAGUCAGAUUACUAAUGCAGUAUUUAUUAGUCCAAUUAAUGAAAGACGAACAAUCUGCGCUAGAAAUAUUGCUAGAAACAAUAGAACUCAACAAAACACAUUUGUCUACCAUAAUGGGCCUAGUGCCGGUAAUUUACGGCUUGGAUUUAUUAAAACACAACCCUGAGUUUAGCCAUAAAGUGAUUGAUUCUGUGCUGGUCUGGACAAUGGGGCCAAAUUUUAAACUACGAUAUUACGCCCAGAAACUUAUCAGGGAAGUGUGCCAUCGACAUCAUCACAAUUUCAAAUUCAAGAAAUACGAUGCCAUUUACAAAGCGGUUGAUGCAGCCAUAAAGUCAACCACAAUUAAAGACGAUUUAUAUUUUGAUAUGAUGGAUUAUGUGUACAAAGAAAGGCCAUGGAAGGAUAACAAGAAAUUAAUUUAUAUUGUCACAGUGCACAUUCCUGAGGUGUGUAAUGUCACACCAUAUGAAUGGGAAUACUUCAAGAUAAAACAAUAUUGGUCUAAAUAUUCAGUUGAGAAUCAAAAAGAACAAGAAACAACUGAUUUAAAUUCAUUUGAAGAAUUGUCAGUAACAGAAUCAAAUGAUAAUAUACAAAAGAAGAUUGUGCCAUGGCAAGAUGCUUUGAAUACAGAUGAUAAACCUCAGAACAGAGGCAAACUUAUUGUUGUUACGUCUCUGAUUGAAAGUGCUGCUAACUUGGGUGGAUUAUCACGAACUUGUGAAAUUUUCGGCGGGGAAAUGUUAGUGGUUGAUAACAUUCAAUCAGUGGAAAGGAAAGAGUUUGUUAAUUUGAGUAUGACUAGUGAGAAGUGGUUGAAGAUAACCGAAGUUAAAGUUCAGGAUUUACCAGUGUUUUUGAACAGAUGCAGAGAAGAUAAUUAUAAAAUUCUUGGUGUUGAACAGACGUCAUCAAGUACUCCGUUGGAUUGCUAUAAAUUUGAAGAGAAAACCGUACUUCUUCUUGGUAAUGAAAGUACUGGAAUUCCUGCUCCGUUAAUUGGUUUAAUGGACCACUGCGUUGAAAUCCCUCAAUUUGGUAUGAUUAGAAGUCUGAACGUGCAUGUUGCUGGUGCUUUGGUUAUUUGGGAGUACACAAAACAACAAAUGAUAACAAGUCAAGUGAAAAUUUAAUAAAAAUAAUACUAUAAUUGA